GUAAGAUUUAGUGUAUAAAAUGCAAGAAACAAAAAGUCAACAUGCCACUUGUGUAUUAAAAAGGCACAUACUCGGCUUUUAUAUUUUCUCAAAAAAUAACGAUGAUAUAUUUAUUGUUCUGCCUUCCUUUAAUUGUUCCGAGUGAAGCAAUUUUUAAAGAGGCCCUUUAUGAUGCUAUGACUGAAGAAGAAUUGCAUUUUUAUUUUCAAACUGCUGACAGGGAUAAUAUUCCAGAAUAUGAAAUAGUUGAGUUGCCAAUUGUACUUCCAAUUGAGCAAUCUAUGAAUGAAGAUGGGAAAGACAAUAUAGAAGUAUUUGAUUAUAGUUUCUACGCUUUUCAAAGACCUAUUAAUUUAAAGCUGAAAAGGAACAGUGACCUUAUUGCCUCUGAUUUUAAAACAUACCUACAUGAUGAAGCUGGCAUUGUAACUUUGAAAAAUGCUCCAAGAAAUUGCCACUAUUUACAUAAAGACGACAAAACAGUUGCAGCGAUCAGCAUUUGUUCAUCAAAAAAUAUUCAAGGAUUAAUUUUCUUAGAAAAUACAACUUUAGAAGUUCAACCAUUAAAUGAAAGGUUGCAAAAUAUUCUUGAUUUGAAAGCACCUCUCACGGAAACAAUAGAAAAUGAGGAAGAUAUAAAAAUGCCACAUCUUAUAAAAAGAGCGACGUUUUUACCUCGUUAUACACAUCAUGAAGCCUUUCCAAUAACUGAAAAUAUUUGGGCAGAUAAUGAAGAGUUAAGACCUACUCAAAAUCAACUUUUAGAAAAUGAUUUUAAAUUUCAAAAUCAUAAUGCUAAUUUUUAUGCUGAAGCUGCUAGUACCAAAGAAGUUAAACUUACUUUGGAAGUUGCAUUAUUUUUUGACGAAGCCGCAUAUAAAAUUUUUGCACCUUUUUUUAAAUAUGAUGACAAGAAAUUACAAGAUAUGUUGCUGGCUUAUAUUAAUGGUGUUCAGGCAUUAUAUCAUCAUCCCAGUUUAGGUACUUCUUUAGAAUUGGUCUUGGUGAGGUUAGAUUUGAUGAAAAGGCAACCAAGAGAUAUGCCGCAUUAUGAUGGAGAAAGGGGUAAAUUACUAGAUAGUUUUUGCGCUUACCAAGCGAAAAUUAAUCCAAAGGACGACAGUAAUCCUGACCAUUGGGAUAUGGGCCUAUACGUUUCGGGGUUGGACUUUUUUGCUUACGAAAAAGGUAAAAAAAGUGGUGUAACUAUGGGUUUAGCGACAGUGGGAGGAGUUUGUCUGGAUAAAUAUGCCUGCGUUAUUGCUGAAUUUGGUACAACAAAUGUAUUUGGAAAACCAUAUCCCAGUGCAGGGUUUACCAGUGUGUACAUAUUGGCUCAUGAAAUAGGACAUAAUUUGGGAAUGCAUCAUGACAACAGUGGUAACAGUUGUCCAAAAGAAGGUUACAUUAUGUCUCCAUCAAGAGGAACCAAUGGCGAAACGCAAUGGUCUAGCUGUAGUGCAGAUGUCAUGUCUAAACUUGGAUGGGCAAAAUGUUUAGACGACCGCGGUAAAAUCAAGAUAAAUGCAGAUCAUAAUAAAUUCAUGGACACGCCUGGACAGAAAUAUACAGCAAAGACGCAAUGCGAGCUCCUUUUGCGUGAUAGAGAUGCAACUGUUUUACCAACUCAGGAUUUGUCGACAAUAUGUUACAAUCUACAUUGUAAAACUCCGCAUAGGAGCGGCUAUUAUUUUGCCGGACCAGCACUUGAUGGCACGAAUUGUGGCAAUGGAAAGUACUGUUACGGUGGUAGUUGCUUGAAAAAAGCUCUUCCAAAACCAAUAAAAGUUAUACCAGGAGGUUGGGGUCCAUGGAAGGAGGAAUCAUGCAAUUCGGGUUGUAUCGAAAAAUCUAUGGGACACACUAUCAAAAGAAGACAAUGCAAUAACCCGCCACCUGUUAAUACAGACCAGGGAUGUAUGGGGUCUGGUGUAGAAUUUGGUCUUUGUAAUGACAAGAAGGUAUGCAAACAAAAGAAACUCUCUUCAAUUGAUUAUGCUUCAAGAAAAUGUGCUGAAUUUUCUAAAGUUCUUCCAGAAUUAGAUUCCAAGGGUUCUGGUCUGCAAGCACCUCACGAGGAAGGUCGACUUUGGAUGGCUUGUGCGAUUUUCUGUAAAAGAGGCGAUUCUGGUACUUUCUAUACUCCCAGAAUAGAACUUAAUGAUUUAGGGAUAUCUCCUUAUUUUCCUGACGGAACAUGGUGCAACAGGGAAAAUGAUGUCAAUUAUUACUGCUUACAACAUCAUUGUUUACCAGAGAACUUCAAAAUUACAAAAACUUCUCAUCACUUGAUCGAAGAUUUGUCGUUUUUGCAAAAUGCUCGUCCUUGGUAUUAUAUACCACAAGAUAUCAAAGAUUAUUUAUCAGUGGAUUCCUCCGGUCGCCCUUUGAAAACUACCUUGUCCGAAAAUGGUGCUGCACCCCCAGAUGAAGAGUGGGACGAUCAUGAUUAUAUUGAAAUUCCCUGGUUAAAAGAACGACAUAAAUCUGAUGUAAUUGAUGACAG